UCGGAGACUGUCCCAACCAACCCCAUCUCAAACGACGGUAUCUCUCUCUCUCUCUCUCUCUCUCUCUCUCUCUCUAAAAUAUAUCCUCAAUUAGCUCGAAAUAUCCGCUUAUGGAUCUGCUUAUCCGAGAUCUCAUGGAGGUGCCGAAAGCACUAUUGUGUUAAGAGGUUUCUUGAAUGCGGUUGCUUUCACUCUGGUUCUGCAAUUAGGAAUAAUCUCUUUCUUCUUUUUGGGAUGGCUAUUGCUUUUAUAUGUAUGUGUUCGUAAUUUUGUAAAUUGUAAUUCUGAUGAAGUAAUCGGAGAUGUAUCGGAGAUUGGUCUUGUUGAUGUUACCUCUAGCAGUGUGGAUAGCUUAUGGAAUCGAGAUGAUGUGGUAGAAUGUCGGUUUUUGAUGAUGAUAUGAAGAACUUACCGCAGCUUCUCUCGGCAACUGAAAUGAAAGUAGUCAGACGCCGAUGCCCAGGUUCUAAGAUCAAUUGGAGAAAACUAUUUUUAAUUGCGGCCGUCGUGACAACAGCUGGGGCGGUGUUUCAGACCUGCACACUUCCUAAUCCUCUCACGGUCUGGUUUCUCUUGCCAUCGGCUACGGUUUCAUCUCACAAAGUUUUGAAUGAUACAGAGCAGGUGAAUGAAGCUCAUCCUCUGGCAAGGGUUGAACAGUUUUCGUUGUUUCCGGUUUCAUCUACUACUUUACGGAAUUUGACUGGCUCAAAACAACUAGUGGAUUCUCCAAUUAUAAAUUCUAGGAGGGAAAGGACGUAUGACGAAGACCAUUCUGAUGAGCCAGAGGUCGCACCUCCUCUCCCAAAAAAAGAUCCCUCUCUCGGGCAGAGAUACGUACGGUCCUUGCUGCCUGAUGAAGAACUUGUCUAUGCCAAGAAAGAGAUAAAACGUGCUCCAAUAGUCACUGAUGAUCCUGACCUCUAUGCCCCUUUGUUUCGGAAUGUUUCUAUUUUUAAAAGGAGCUAUGAAUUGAUGGAAAACAUACUUAAAGUUUACAUCUACCCUGAUGGAAGGAGGCCAAUUUUUCACCAACCAUAUCUGAAAGGCAUUUAUGCUUCUGAAGGAUGGUUUAUGAAGUUAAUUAAGGAAAACAGGCAAUUUGUAACGAGGGACCCAAAAAAAGCUCACUUAUUCUAUCUUCCAUAUAGUGCACGCCAGCUGGAGAUCUCUCUUUAUGUGCCUGAUUCACAUGAUUUACUACCUUUAUCAAAAUAUCUGAGGGACUAUGUGAACAAGAUUGCUGCAAAAUAUCCUUUCUGGAACCACACAAGAGGAUCAGAUCAUUUUCUAGUUGCUUGCCAUGAUUGGGGUCCAUACACUGUGAAUGAACAUAAGGAACUUCGCAGAAACACCAUUAAAGCUCUCUGCAAUGCUGACUUAUCUGAAGGAAUCUUUGUUGCUGGAAAGGAUGUCUCCCUGCCGGAAACAACAAUUAGAAAUCCCAGGAGGCCUCUCAGGUCUGUUGGGGGGAAAAGAGUCUCCAAACGCCCAAUCCUUGCCUUCUUUGCUGGAAACAUGCAUGGUAGGGUCCGUCCCAUAUUGCUGAAACACUGGGGUGAUAAAGAUGAAUACAUGAGGAUAUAUGGGCCUCUGCCAAUCAGUGUCUCCAGGAAGAUGUCUUAUGUCGAACACAUGAAAUCGAGCAAAUUUUGUAUCUGUCCAAUGGGGUAUGAGGUGAAUAGCCCUAGGAUUGUUGAGGCAAUCUAUUAUGAGUGUGUUCCUGUGAUCAUCGCAGAUAAUUUUGUCCCGCCAUUUAAUGAAGUGCUUGAUUGGAGCACCUUCUCUGUAACUGUGGCAGAAAAGGAUAUACCAAAUCUGAAGGACAUUCUCCUGGCUAUCCCCUGGAGACACUAUCUUUCUAUGCAAAUAAAUGUGAAGAUGUUGCAGAAGCAUUUUCUUUGGAACACAAAACCAGUCAGAUAUGAUUUGUUUCAUAUGAUUUUGCAUUCACUUUGGUUCAGUAGGCUGAACCAGAUUGAACUUCCACAGGCCUCGAAAAUUUCUCUGGGUGAUUAAUUUGGUGUACUUUAUCUAAAAAAUUUCAGUCAGCAGACCAUCCUGCAGAAGAUGGACAAUCUUGAAGACGAUGAAAGGGCUUCAAACAGGUGCAAUAUUGUUGUUUGCAUUUACGGUGAAGGGUGCAUCUCUGGUAUUUUCUUGGAAGCAAGAUGCCAAAGAUUUUGUGUGGUUGGGAGUGUACAUUUAAUGUACAGUGAUAUAUGAGCGUUGAGUAUCUGACCAGAAGAAACAGUAAUGGAGCGGAUGAUGAUUUUUUAUUCCAGGUAUGGGUUCAAUUCACAAUAAUUCAUAAUGCUUUCUUCUGUGUAGUUAUUUUGUACCGUGACUUCCUGGUUAUUGUAAUUCUGAUAGCAUGGGAUCUCUAUGCUUCUCAUACACAUUUUCCACCAAAACCAUGGCCUUCUGAUGCAGUAUUCUCAUAGAAAACAAAAAAUCAGUUCUUACAGUUUAGGCUUGUUUGGCCCAGAUCUGAACCUUUAGAGUUUGAUUUGGUUUACUACAGAAUCAGUUUACUGUUCAUAUGAAUACUAACUUGACCAGCCUUGGAUGUGGAAUUUUCUGGUUUCCUUAAAACCAGGAUUUGUGGGACCAUUUGAUGGAGGUCUAAGGCUUGCGAUUUGGAGUUCUUGAAAAUCAGGAAUCUUAUAACCAUCAUGGGGGGCCCGGUUGGAGGUCUUUUAAAAGGCGUAUGGAUUUCAGGAAACUUAUAUCAGCCUAAUUGUGGGCUAGUUAUUAGGAGGAUAUUUCUCUUAUUUUUAUUACUUUUAGUUAUCUAAUUGGGCUGGGAUAAUGUUUAUAAAUUCCAGUCCUGAUUAUUGUCGGUUUUCUUUUCUUCAGCAUUAGGACACUCCAUUCAUAGCCUACGGCUAGAGGAGUUAGUUUUAGAAAAUUUGUUUUGAGAACUGUGGCCCCUCCUUCCUUCCAUCUCUCCACUGACAGAUCCUUCUUUUGAUCUGCAUUAAUUAGUCCCAUGGCCAAGCAUGGCCAUGGAUAGUUGGAUACCUUUAUAUUCAAGACUAAAGUUUGUGUUCCCAAUAGAAAGACUUAUUCUCCGUUUAUAGAGGAAGGAUGACAAGAGAAUUUCAUUUUACAAUUUGUGGUGGAGAUGUUGUCCAAGGUAGAUCAGAACAUCGUUGAAUUUGAUGGUGAUAUUUUCAUCGAGUAUUCAGUUUCUUCCUACUUUGAUGGUGCUUAAAUGUCAUGUAUUUCCCUUCUUCUAAAUAUGUCAUCUUAGUUGGUCAACCGCAGAUGGAAAAAUGGAGAUUGUCUUCGAUCGUGAAGGGAGUUCAUGUGCAUUAAAGCCCUCUCAUCUUCAACAAACUAUCCUCUUGAACGGGUUGUAGCAUGAUAGCUCUUUAAAGCCACCAAUUGGAGUGACACCCACGGUGCAACACAUGAGGAGUUGAAAGAGUAAGAACUUGUAGAAAUUCCUUAACAUGCCAAGGCAGAAAAUUAUGAAGUAGAAAAUGUUACUAGUUCCAUUGAAUCUUUGUGGUCAAUCCCUUCAAAACAAAAGCAAGGUUGUGGUUCAAGCAACAGAUGCUAGUGAAGUGAAAGCCAUUUCGCAUCUUGAGUUCGUUCUUCCCCACAAGUUUUAAGACAUACAUGCAACAUUGAAGUUCUAUAUUUUAGAAUUUUUUCGAGUUGAA